UAAAGAAACACAACCUUAAGAAAAGUGCAAAUAAAAUAAUUAAAAUGUCUGAGUUUGAAAAUGUGUUAGUCGAAUUUAGGAAGAAUAUACAGCAUGGCCCUGAAUAUGUUUGUUGUGUAUGUUUUAAGCUUCUGUUUGAAAACCAGGUAAUGAAAUGUACAAGAAGUAAAUAUCGAUCUAAAUUGCAGAAAUGUAUAAGUGAAAAGUAUUUGCAUUCUUGUAAUUUAGAAUGUCGACCAAAAUGCCAAAUACGUCAAUCAGUUAGAUCAUCUCUGUGGAUAUGUUAUACUUGUCAUAGAAAACUACAGUCUGGAAAAAUACCUGCAGAAGCACAUACUAAUAAUUUAGAGUUGCAUGAAAUUCCAGAAGAAUUAGCUAACUUGAAUACUCUAGAACAACAUUUGAUUGCAGUCAAUAUUCCUUUUAUGAAACUAAUGGCUUUGCCUAAAGGUGGUCAGAAUGGUGUACAUGGUCCUGUUGUUUGUGUCCCAUCAAAUACUAUUAAAACUGUACAGAUAUUGCCUAGACCUGAUACUGAAGAUCAAUUGAUACGUGUAAAGUUAAAAAGGAAAUUGUCUUACAAAAAUUACUAUGAGUACAAAUUUGUAGAUAAACGUAAAUUGCUCAAUGCUCUAGGAUAUUUGAAAAUGAAUAAUAAGUACUAUUUUGAUGUUUCAGUGAAUGAACAAUGGGAAAACUGUAUGGAAAAGAAUGACAACGAAAUUGAAAAUGUAGAAAUUUUGGAAACAUGUAAAAAAUCAUACUUAAAGAAAUAUAAGAAGCAGAUGGAUGAUUUAUUGGAUGAAUAUUUUUCCGAAUAUAAAAAAGCUCAUAAAAGUGGACAUGAGGAAGAAGUAAAAAAUACAUCUAAAUCUGAUAAGAAAAUAGAUGAUGAACAUGAUGAUGAUGUAGAGGAAAGACUGAAUGGGAUUCACUUAGAUUCUUGCUUGCAGCCUGCUGAUAUUGGACAGGAAAUUUUAGAUCAAUAUUUUGAUGAUAUAAUAUGUUGUGCUCCAUGUGAAGGCAAAAGCCCUGUAUUGGUAUUGCAAGAUGAAACCAAUGAGGCCAAAUGUUUUCCUGUAUUGUUUCCUCAAGGUCAGCCAACAUUUCAUGAUAAAAGAAAUGAAAAGAUUACAUUAGGAAGAUAUUUACACAAUCGACUUAUGCAUGCUGAUAAUAGGUUUGCGCAGAAUACAGACUAUAUCUUUUAUGCUCAGUAUAUUUAUGAAAUUCAACAAGUUUUAUCACAAGUUUCUAUUGCAUUGAGACAAAGUAAGAAUAAAAAAGAUGAUUAUUCAGCAAUAAGUGCAAAGGAUUUGAAAGAUGUUGACAAAAUUCACAAUAUUCUUAGAGCAGAUAAAGGAUAUAAAUUUUUAAAGCAAAUUCGUGGAACACCUCCUUACUGGCAAAAAACACAGAAAGAUGUAUUGGCAAUGGUGAGGCAACUUGGGAAACCUACAUGGUUUGCAUCGUUUUCAUGUGCAGAUAUGAGAUGGCCAGAAUUAAUGACUACUUUGUUAUGCCAAAAUGGAGACACCAGAACACCAAGUGAAUUAGAUUGGGCUGAUAAAUGCCAUCUUAUAAGGUCAAAUCCAGUAACAGUUGCAAGAAUGUUUGAUCAUAGAUUUCAUACUUUUAUGAACAAAGUUAUCAUGUCUUCAGCUGCACCAAUAGGUCGUUGCAUAGACUACGUCAGUAGGGUCGAGUUUCAGUCCAGAGGUAGUUCCCACGUCCAUAUGUUACUGUGGGUAGAACAAGCGCCACAAUUAGGAAUUGAUAAAGAUGUUGAUGUUGUGCAAUUUAUAGAUAAAUACAUUUCUUGCAAAAAACCUGAUGAGGAAACAGAUCCAGAAUUAUAUGAGAUUGUGAGCUCUGUACAACAGCAUAGUAAGAAGCAUUCAAAAUCGUGCAGGAAAAAGGGUACAACAUGUAGAUUUAAUUUCCCAAGACCACCUUCAGAGAAAACCUUCAUUAUAAAACCAGUUGAAAAGAAUGAAUUGCAAGAUAAGAGAAAUAGAAACAAAACUAAGAUUAACAAUGUAAAAGAGGUAGAAGAGUCUGAAAAAAAUGAAAGGAAAAAAAAUGCCAAGGAAUUGCUGAAUUCUGUGAAAGAUGCACUUUCAGAUGGGACUGAAUAUAACAGUGUGAAGGAACUUUUUGAAAAACUGGGUAUAACACAAGACCAGUUUCAAAGUGCACAUAAUGAAAUUGCAUUACAGGAAAGUAUAAUUAUUCAAAGAGAGCCUCAAGAUGUAUGGAUAAAUCAAUAUAAUCCAAAAUUACUUCGAGCUUGGAAUGCAAAUAUGGAUCUACAAUAUGUUACCAAUGCAUUUGCAUGUGUAGCCUACAUUGUUUCUUAUAUGUCUAAAGCUGAACGUGAAAUGGGAAUGCUUUUGAAUCAUACAUUAUCUGAAAUACAGGAAGGAAACACAAAUGCAAAAGAAAGCAUGAAAAAACUAGGUCAAGCUUAUAUGCAUAAUCGUGAAGUGUCUGCUCAAGAAAGUGUGUAUCGUGUUUGUAGUCUUAGAUUAAAAGACAGUUCUAGAAAAGUGGAAUUUAUACCUGUUGGACCCGAUCCUGUUAGAAUGAGUUUACCUUUGAGUGUCAUUAAUACUAUAUCAGAAAGUGACAAUGAUAAUAUUUGGAUGCCCAGCAAGCUAGACAGAUAUAAAGCUAGACCUAAAAGUGAGAAAUUUCGUAGUAUGUGCCUUGCAAUGUUUUGUUCUGAAUAUAGAAUUUUAACAAAAUCACAAAUAACAAAUACUUGUAAAAAAAGUAUAUUUGAAUUGGACAACAAUUUGGGAUUUGUACAGAAACGUACACGUGGAAAAGAUGCAAUCGUUCGUUACCCUCGUUUCUCUGUUGUUGUCUCACCCGAAAAAUAUUAUUUGAGCAUCUUACAACUUUUUUUACCACAUUAUUCAGACGAGCAUUUGAAGCCUCCAGGAUUUGAAACAUAUGAAGAGUUUUUCAAAACUGGUAUGAUAAAAAUAAAUGGCUCCCUAUUGGAAAAAGUCAGCUCGAUUGUUUGUACAAAUAGAAAAAAAUUUGAAAUAAAUGCUGAAUCAAUUGAUCAAGCUCAAGUACAUUUAGAAGAGUUUGGUGUGCAGGAAGAUGCUUGGGGUCUUUUAUGUCCUGAAAGUGAAGCAGAACGCCUUGAACAUCCAAAGCAAAAUGUAGAUAUGGAAGAUUGUGAUGAAGAUGUUGAAAUUCCUGAUUUGAAACAUACUACUCCAAAAUCAGAUGAUUACACAUUAGAAUUAAGGUCAUCAGAAAUAUCUAAAGCAGAUAGACAUUCUAUGAUAAGAAGUUUAAAUGAAAAACAAAUGGCUGUGUUUUAUAACAUACGUAAAUGGUGUUUAGAUAAAGUAAAUGGCAAAAUAAUUGAACCUUUUCAUGUAUUCCUUACUGGUGGUGCAGGAACAGGAAAAAGUCAUCUAGUGAAAUGUAUUUACUAUGAAGCUACGCGUAUAUUAGCUAAAAUGUUACAUAACCCUGAUGAUAUCUCAGUAUUGAAAAUGGCUCCUACAGGGGUAGCUGCAUACAAUAUCAAUGGCCAUACUAUUCACAGUAUACUGUCAAUUCCAAUUAGAGCUCAAAUGCCUUAUCAGCCAUUAAGUGACGAAAAAAUAAGUGCUCUUCGUAAUAAGCUAACACAAUUGCAAAUUGUCAUCAUUGAUGAAGUAUCAAUGGUAGAUCAGAAGUUAAUGUAUUACAUUCACAGUCGUUUAAGACAAAUAAAGCAAUCUCGUGACGAGACUCCAUUUGGUGGUGUGUCUAUAAUAUGCGUUGGGGAUAUGUAUCAACUUCCACCUGUAUUUGGAAAUCCUUUAUAUAAAGAUACACUUCAAGGGGUUUUAUGGAAUGAUAAUUUUAAAAAAGUGGAACUACAACAAAUAAUGAGACAAAAAGAUGAUGUAGACUUUGCUUUGUUAUUAAAUAGGUUACGUGUAAAGGAACGUGAUGAUAUUCUCAGUGAUCAAGAUUUGGAAUUGUUAAAUUCUUGUGAAACGGGUGAAGAAUGUGAAAAUGAUCUCCACAUAUAUUCAUGUAACAAAGAAGUAGAUGAAUGGAAUAAGAAAUUAUUGCAUAGAAAAUGUACUAAUGUGAUAUGCUUAAAAGCACAGGACACUGAGAGAGAUAGCAAGAAGGGAAGUGGAAUUCGUGAAAAGCCUAUUACACAUUGUAGAAGCCAGUUGCCAAGUUAUUUGUGGAUUGCUGUUAAUGCAAGAGUCAUGUUACUUAAAAACAUUGAUGUUAGCAAAGGUCUUACUAAUGGAUGUUUUGGUAAUGUUACUGAAAUAAUCAUGGAUGAAACAAAUUCCACAACAGUUUCUAUAAAAGUGAAGUUUGACAAAGAAAAUAUUGGUAUUCAUUGUAUUGAGCAAUGUGAAGAGUUUGUAGGCAAGAAAUAUUUAAGGAGACAGUUUCCACUUAAACUUGCUUAUGCAUGUACCAUUCAUAAAGUACAAGGUUUAACAUUAGACAAAGCUGUUGUGUCACUAAAAAGAAUAUUUGAUUCUGGACAAGCCUAUGUAGGGCUGAGUCGUGUAUCAUCAUUAUCUGGACUUACAAUAGAAAAUAUGAAUCCAAAAAGUAUACACUGCAACCCUGAAAUUAAAGAAAAAUUAAAUAAUAUGAAAGAAUUCAUUGAAAAAGUUGAUAAUGAAAACAUUGAUAUUGAUAAUGUUACAUUGAUUUUACAUAAUAUACAAGGAUUAAGGCAACACUUUUUAGAUCUGUACUCACAUUGUGAAUUUGUGAAUGCAGACAUCAUUUGUUUGACUGAAACAUGGAUUAAUGACAACCAAAAUAGUGAUAUUAGUAUAGAUAACUUUGAUUUUUAUCACCAACCACGCUAUCUUUCGUACAAUAAAUCUGGAAAUACAAGCAAAUUUAAAGAGCAAUCACAUGGCGGUGUUGCACUGUACAUAAAGAAAGGAGUCUCAAGUAAAUUAAAUAUAUCUUUUGAUAAUUUGGAGUUUGUUGCAGCUGUUAUUAGCAAUCCUGAUUCCAUUAUUCUGUCAGUUGUGUAUAGACCUCCUUCUUAUAAUAUCAAUUCUUUUUGUGAAAGUCUGGAAAACUUACUGAAAGAAUUGAGUAAAAGAAGUUCAAAAUGUAUUAUAACGGGUGAUUUUAAUGAAGAUUUGUUGAAAGCAACCUCAAAAGUUUAUGAGCUAAUGACUUUCAAUGGUUACACACAGCAUGUUGUAAAUGCUACAACAGAAAAUGGAACAUUGAUAGAUCAUGUUUAUAGUAAAGGAAUGGAUACAUUAGAAACUCAAGUUAUACCAACAUAUUAUAGUUAUCAUGAAGCAAUUAAGGUCAUGUUUUAGUAACAAUCUAUGAGAAAUUAAACAUUUUGAUAGUCGUGUCUCCUGACACUCUACUGAUUAAUAUCUGUUAAAGGGGAACUGAACCUAUUUCCAUGUAAUCGAUUUUUAGUUUUUUUCAUUAACUAACAAAGAGAAAAUAAU